AUGGGAUUAAGUGUUGGCUUGACCUCAACUACUGAACCAUCUCUAAUAGGGCAGAAUAAUGGUGGUCUUGCCAAUUUUGGCUCUGUCUCCGCUGUACUUCAUGGACAGUGUCUCAGCUAUAAUGAUCGUGAAAAUGUCACAAAAAUGAUGGAAUAUAUGGUUCACAAUGCUCUAUUACCUUGGGUAGAGCAACAAAUGCGCAAUCUUAAUGAACAGGUCAUCGUGCAUCGUGGAAUAAGCAAGUCAUUGACUACCGGGGUACGGAAGUGGUUUGGAGCAGCAGCUGCUCAACAAGCUACAUCAAUAACUUAUGCACGGGAUAGUGGCGAAAUGCAGAUUAGACUAUUAGCCGAUCUUUGUUUCAUUUUUGGACUUUAUUCUUAUGCGUAUCAACUUUACCAAAUGCUUAGAAAAGAAUUUGCUGUAGAUCAGGCUUGGUUGUACAAUGCUGGAGCACUUGAAAUGGCAGCAUUAAGUUUAUUUUUAAGUACAUCUCAGAUUACUGCGAAACAGUAUCCACAGCAUUACAUGGAUGAUGCGAUCAACUUUUAUACAACAGUCAGCCUAAAACCAAUUUUGACAAUGCGAGCUGCUAUUUUAAGUGCACUGAUACUCUCCACUUUGGAAUUAUAUAUCGAAGCGUGUGCGCAACUUCUGAAGCUAACGAAUUCUGACGAUGACUUAUUCAGUGGUGUUUUGCUGGAAAGGGCAAGUGUUUAUUUCGGAAAUGCCAAGAUGCAUCGAAAAAUGGCAUUCCAUUACAUAUUAGCAGGACAUCGGAUGUCUAAGGCUGGUCAGAAACAAUUAUCCAUAAAAUGCUACAAACGUGCUCUUUCUGAGUAUCUCUCCAAACGUUGGAUUUUUGCAGAAGAUCAUAUUCUUUAUGCAUUGGCUAGUGAAAGUGAGCAAAAAGAAGAAGCCCUAUCGUGGUGCUUACCUUUAAUAAGAUCACAAUCAGUACAACAUGCCAGUCAGCAGCAACUUUUUCUCAAGCAUUACCUGCAACUUUUGAAUCAUUGUAACAGUACUCGAACUGAUGCGCUCAUGAUGGUACCUCUAGUAGAUAUUCAAAACAUUGUUGUCAUUUAUGGCGAACGUCCAAUCGAAUUAACACCUGAAUUGAUUACAAAUGUAGAAAAUUUGAGAAAUAAUGGGGAUGGAUGGGUAAAUUUGGCCAAAGCUGCGUACUGGGCAAUAACAGGUUCUUUUGAUGGUUUUCGAGAGACAGGGACUGUUCGUACAGCUUCUACGGAUAAUUCAAAGGUACCUUUUGCUCCACCUUUGGAAAGAAUGCGAAUAAUAUUGUCAUUAAAAAACUCUAUGGAUAUUCCCUUGGUCUUGAAAAAUAUUCAUUUGGAAGUAUCAGCUGAUCCAACGAUGUAUUUGCAAACCUGUGCUGAUAAAAUUACUUUAGAACCGAAAUGUGAUUGGAUUCCUUUUGAAUUAUCUAUUAUUCCUAAAGAAGUUAUUGGUAAAGUUCGAGUGCACGGUUUGUCUUUCAAUCUUGUAAUUGGCGAAAUCAGUGUUACGUAUUCAAUUCCGCUUAACAUUCGCGGACCACGGCUGAAUAACACAAAAAAGGAGAAAACAUCUGUCUUAUAUGGCGAAGAUUAUCGCUUGACUGCAAAAGUAACAAAAGAACAGUGGCCACUGGUUGAAAUUGAUUUGCCACCAAAACGACGAUUAAUGGCAUUCUGUGGCCAAAUUUGUCGAUUUGACUGUGACGUGAGCAAUAUAGGUGUAGUAACUCUGGAAGCUUUUUGCAUAGUCACUGAUCAUCCGGAGCUAAUUUCAGUUUAUGAGGAAGAAUGUUCAGGAAGUACUGCAUUUCGGUCUGUAGAAUGUACUUCAGCAGCUACAGAUGCUGCAGUUGGUGUUUUCAACUUGAAACACGGCGUUAUUGCUGUAGGCCAGAAAAAAAGAUUACAAUUAGCAGUUCGAGCUCCUACUACUGAAUCUCUUGGAUUUAACGUAAUGUUGGUUUGCUACUAUCGUGGUGAUAAUUGUAUGGUCCGAGAGGAGAGACAUUUAAUCGUGAUUGAUACCCGUGUAAUUUUAGAAACUUCAUUAAGGCUUGUCGAUCGCGCCAGUGGUGCAUGCGUUUUGCAGCUGCGUAAUCUCAUACCAAGUCGUAGUUCUUUACUUGCCAAAAUUCAAUUAAUAAGGAUACGGUCGUUGAUUGCUUAUACCAAGAUAAAUUUUACUUCGAAAACACGGCAAGAUUCCUUGCCACGAAUUUUUCUACAUCCUCUGCAAAAGCGUCGAGUGGAACUGGAAAGUGAACAAACAGAUAGCAUAUCGUUUUUGGCUAAUGGACAUACGGGAGCAGUAUCCUUAUGGUUUUGCGAUGAAAUCAGGGAUAUUCCGAAAUGGUUCAAUUCUCUUGAUUGUUCAGACGAAAUAUCCGGUGUUGUAUCUUCAUCAAAACAAAAUACGGAAGAUGAGAAUACAGCAGUUCCAGAUCUUGAUUUAUUCUUUGCAGUCCUCUGGAAAGCUAACGUCAUUAAUAGUGAUGUGUUCGGUGAAAACUUUAUGCCAAACCCAUUUCCGCCUGGUUGCUCGGUGCCGUUCUGCAUUCAUCAUAUUCUUCGUCCAUUUUCAAUACAGCAUUCUAGUCAAAAUCUCAUGGAAACGAAGCGUAUUUCGUCCAUCUCAUCAACAACAACUGAUAAAAAUCUAUUUGCCUUUAUUUGCAAAAUAUCGACAUCUUCACCUAUUACCUAUCACAAUUUUAGUAAUGAAAGGUCGUGCCACAUACCAGUGCAGAUAACAGUAACGAAUGAUGAUAUUCUGCAUCGUCGGAGUUGCACAGUCACUAUUCAUUUUUUGGAUUCUAUUCUGGUUCGAAAGCAGACGGUAGAUUCGAAAAAUACCACUGUUUCAGGAUUUCUACCGCAAAACAUAACUUCAAGAUCAAAUUCAUAUGUACAUUCCUCAUUAGCUUUGCAACCAGUGGUUGUAGCCGAUCGUUCACGUAUGCAUGCAACAAUAGCUUUUGGUUGUACGCAGAUUUUUAAUAUCCGACUUACUGUUUAUUAUCCGUCCGUCUAUGACAUCGGUCGUUUUCAAGCCACUGGCUUAUUCGAUGGUGACAGAAUUGCAGUGCCUAUACAAGUACCUCCAACAUAUGUUACUGUGAUUGAUCAACGGGUUUAA